AUGACAAAAGAUGAGGCACGGACCAUUUAUCCAGUCAUCGCCAUGGAUACAACGUCCCCUCUAUCUGUGGGAAAUCCGAAACCACUGUGUUUUCCUCCAAGAUUCACUCUUGGAGUGGGGUCAAUGACCGCCAGUUCAUCCGUGGCUCUUCAGGAAAAUGAUGUGCUCCUCCAGACUGUUUUGAGUGUGUGCUAUUCGGAGAAUUCUGGUUACAGUGACAACCUUGCAGAAAGCCUCUCUGCUUCCUCGUCCAUCUCGUCUGCCUCUUCAACGACGUCAUCGACCACGCCCAACAGCUCCUCGUACUCUGUAUCGUGCCCCUGCUUCCCAAAUCAGCGCAGGCCUCCUCCCACGACCUCUGACCUCUAUGGGCGUCUGAAUGACCUGGUCAAGAUGCCAAAACCCGUUACCGAAGAGAGCGUUUGCAAGGCCCUACAACAGAGGUGGAUGUGUGGAGAAUGUCAGACCAAGAUAGGACCAGUGAUCGUAGCACUGAACCCUCAACGAGGUCUGUCUGAAGACCAGGUCCUGGGACACACCCAGCCCCAUCAGCAUCCUCAUCUUCAGAGGCUAGCCCAACGGGUCCACACACAGCUGGUAGAACAACGCAGACCUCAGACUGUCAUUCUAAGUGGUGAGAGCGGGAGCGGGAAGACCUACACAUCCCAGCUGUUUCUACGGCAACUGCACAGCCUGUGCAAGAAGAGACCAACAGUAGGGGGAGGAGGAGGAGGCGGGCCAUCAGAUCAGACGGAAAACAAACAAUUUCAGAAUUUGACGCAUGCUUUCCACGUCCUCAGAGCCGUCGGACGCGCUAAGACAAGACACAACUCAUGUGCUAGCAGACUGGGUCAUCAUGUUGAAGUUCACUUUGCAGGAAAUACCAUAACAAGAACCAAGUUUGAAUGUCACUGGUUUGAUCAAAGUAGAGUAGUAGAUACCCCGGCCGGUGAAUCAAACUUUCAUAUCUUCUAUCAGAUGCUAGCAGGGCUCUCUCACGAAGAAAGAGCUAAACUUCAUCUCCAUGGCUACGGAGUCCAUAAUCUUGCCUACUUGAAACAAAGGAAAAGCUCAGAGGAUGUUGGGAUAGAGAAAGAGAGAUUCCACUCUUUGAAGAUUGCCCUUUCAACUCUCGGGAUUGAAUUCCUUGACGUGAUGAGAAUACUCUCAGCCAUCUUGCUCCUUGGUAACGUGAAUUUUGUUGAAGAUGGAGGUUAUGAGCUUGAUAUUAAAGGUAGCAGUGAAAUUAAAGCAGUGGCCUCUUUACUUGGAGUCCCCGGAGUGUCGUUGUACCGGGCGCUGACGACAAAAACCCAUUCUCUCAAAGGACAAGCUGUCAAAACACUGUGCAAUGCUGAACAGGCCAACGAAACAAGAGACACACUUGCAAAGGCUCUAUACUGUCGGAUGGUCUUAUCGAUCACUAAGAGAAUUAACAGUGUCUUCAAACCCAACUCAAAAUGUCCUCCCUAUGUAGCGCCCUCUGUCAGUAGCGAGGAUACGCAGAGUAGUGGAGACUCUUGUAGUAGGCUAAGUGAUUCUACGAUGGAAUUGAAUGGCAACUCGUCAUCAAUAGAUGGCAGUAGACAUCUUCAGGGCACAGUACACAUCAUUGAUAUGCCAGGUUUCUCCAAUACACAGUGCAAUAGAAUAGAGGACCUGUGCUGCAACUAUUCAUCCGAGGUGCUACACCAGGUCUACCUCCAGCAAACCUUCAAGAUAUCCCAGGAUGCAUGUAGAGAAGACGGUGUCGCCAUGAAUCCAGUACCAUUCCAAGACAACAUUUCUUGUGUAGAUUUCUUUGCUUCAAAGCAUGGUCUAUUUUCAACUAUUGAUACAAUGUGCAACCAACCUGAGCAUCCGACUGCAGAUGAACUGAUCAGCCGAACUAACAAGAAACAUCAUAGACAUGGUGUAUUUUCUGUAGAACGAGAGAACAAGCACCUGUUCACGAUCAGACACACGUCGGGUGAAGUGAGGUACAGUGCGGCGGACCUGUUAAAGAGAAGCAGAGACGUGAUCAGCGACGAUGUACUCACCAUCUUCAGGAGGAAAGGAUGCAACUUUGGUUUCGCUUCCUAUCUCUUUGCUCCGGAGCUCAAACUAUUACAAGGAAAUGCUGUGAAGGGUCUCCUGUUCCGAAUCUGUCCCAGACCUCAAAUAUCUUCUGAGUCUCGUUCUCUACCUGAUCCAAGCAUCGGGAGUAUACCCAUCGACACCCACCAUCGUCUCACUGAGCUGUUAGACUCUUUCACCAGACAGCAAGCACAAUUUCAUUUCAUUCACUGUGUCAAGAUCAAUGAGCAGGAAUCCAGUAGCCAGUUCUCCUAUGCAGUGGUAGCAAGACAGACAAGAGCAUUUCAACUGAUGACCACAUUACAGCACAUGACCGAUGGUUAUCCUUACUAUGACACAAUUCUUAACUUUGCAAGGAGAUAUCAGAUGAUGCUGGAGAGAUGGCAGAGGAAGAAAACUCCAAGAGAUCAAUGUAAAGUGAUAUUAGAGCAGAUCAUGAGAAGAUGUGAACUCAUUGAAUCAGUGAACACACAGAACAAAUGGAUCAUCAGUGAAAACAGGGUCUUCUUCAGUGAAGAGACAAGACAAGGACUGGAGUCUGUGCGUGACGGGCACCGCGACACGGCAGCGCGCUUCCUCCAAUCCAAGGUCCGAUGCUGGUUAGCGAGGCGCCAUUGGCCUUCGGACAUCAUUGAUCCGUAUGAGGAAUGCACGGAUCAUCAUGUAACACGGAUCUCAUUCAGGGAGCCCCUCUAUGAAAGGAUCAACUACUCAGUGAGUGACAGCAGCAGUGUGAUAUCAGAUGACACCAGUAGUAGUAGUAUUGAGUGCAAGAAAGCCAGAUUGCAGAACAGGGUUUAUCAUACUGCAAAAGAGGAUGCGCCACCUCCGUUACCUAGCAACCACCCAUCCUCGGUGAAGAUUGAUAUUACCAAAGGGUUUCCGCAGACACGCAUCAUGAGAUGUAACUAUUCACCAGAUAUCUCAUGUGUGGAGCCGCUGUUGAGAGUGGGUGAGCCCAUUCUAGUCGUAGGGGUGAACGGCACCAAGGAUAUUCUGAUUGUAGAGCACAAUAAUUGCACGCUACAGGUCCCUCUCAAACUCACCAUGUCACAGACUGGUGAUUGUAUCUUGGGAACAAGACUAUGAGAUGUUAAAUGAGUAAAAAUCUCCAAAGCAUUUAGAGGGAUUAAUAUGGAUAUAUUUCUAAGAUGAUCGAUGAUUAUAUUGUGCAACCAGACACCAUCUGCGAAACUUCCUAACAUAGUAUAUACUGCAUCAGUGGCCCAAACGUGGAGUAGAGUGUGUGUCAAGCGCUUUGUAACCGAAAGGAAAAGGCGCUAUAUCAAAUGACAAUUGGAUUGGAUUGAGAUAUCCAGAAUGUACAAUGAAGUGAAUGCAAAUGGACCUUGCAGUAGAUAAGGUCUGUUGAAAACAAGUUAGGCCCUGUACCAAGAGUCAGAGCUGCUUAAUUCUUUGCACAAGAAUCCUGCAGCUUUUAAUGGCCAAUCCUUAAAUUUAGUAAUAAAUCAGUACACUCUGGCUGCACUAAUCUUAUAGUCCUGUAAAUUAAUGUGUAAUAACUAUUUAGCAAUCUAUCAUGGGCAUAAAGAUAUGUCACACUAUUCAAUUUGGUAGAUUCACAAUAUGGUGCGCCAUCUAUCGGUUGCAGCGAAGAGGCCAAUUGUCUUACUUCGUGGUCGACAUCGCGCGAAGUCGCAGGCAGUGCACAGUGAUAGUGUACUGUAAUGUGACUGUGAUGCUUCAAAAAUGAAAACCAUAUGGCAGGAAUUCACCAAAAUCGAUCUAAAUUUCACAAAGAAAUAUGCGGGCAAAUUUCUCUCCCAUCUCCUGGACCCUAGUAAACAGCAUAUUUGGUUGAGCCACGUCAGCCAGAGCUGAAUAAUCGCAUGCAUGUAUGCACUUGCGCGUGCAACAAAUGUCGACUUUUUCCCAUGAGGCAUUGCAAAUUUUGGCCUGUCCGCUGCAACCGAUAGAUGGUGCACCAUUUUGUGAAUCCACCAAAUUAGGAGGGGAUAAGACACAAUAAUUCAUCCCCCAAGUAGCGUGCUUUAUAUAAAGGUUGGACGGAUAUAUAUAUAUUGAAUAAUUUCCAAUGUAUUUUGACUCGGUAACAUUUCUUUUGUUAUUCAAUUAUAUUCAUCAUUAUUUCCUAUUCAUUGCAACUGCAUAGCCAUACACAUAGUACUAUGUUUAAUUUUGAAGUUAUUUACAAAAUGUAGACAAAGUCCACAUGAUAUGGAAUGCUUGUAUGUAUAUUUGUUAUGUUAUUGGUAUUUUGGUAUUGGUGGUGAUUUUUUACCUGAUUGCUAAGAAAGCAUGAAUGCUUGUAAGCAAGCAACCAGAGGACCGACGGCUUAAGGUCCUCUCCGAAGGACCUGGUACUGAGGAUUAAUGCCUUACCAAAGGGCACUAGCGCACCAAGUGAGAAUCGAACCCGGGUCACCGGAAUACGAGUCCCCCGCUCUACCGACUGAGCUAUCGCGCCUCCUCAAAAAGCAUUGCCUUGCAAUUGUGAUUUUCUAUCAAUUAGGGAAUACAAAAAGCAAUGUCCCAUUUUAUCUUGUGUAAAAUGGAUUUUAUUAUAUUGUUUUAAUAGAAAUCUAGUUAUAUUUUGCGCUUCCUUGAUUUGUUUUUAUCUAAUAAUAUGCUCUUUAUGAAAAUGUUUAUCUCAUACCAAUGGUGCUAAAUUGUACAGGGAUGGAAGUAGUUAUUAUGAAAUGUGAUGUUUUUCGUAUUAUGUUUAAUUUUUGUAAUAUAGGUAUUAUUUGACAGUGACUUGGUGACAAAUUCUCAUAAAAUAACUCAAAAACUUCACCCUUAACAACAAACAGUAGCAACUCAACUGUUUGGUCUUGUGAUACGAACUUUUCAAAUUGGGUUACUUUUGAAUUGCUCAAAUCUGAUUGGUUAACAAGGGGUCUUAUUCAAAAUUUGUUCAUGCAACAGUAAUCCUGAUCUGUCAUUAUUUGCAGUCAAUUGCUUUGUUUUUAUGUUACUGGUUUACGUUUAAGAACUUUAACCUUUAACCUUAUAAAUGGAAUAUCGAACUUGUAAAAACAACCGAUCUAGGGCUAUGAUAGUUUUAAAAUUUUGUGAGGUGUUAUGUACUCCAUUAUCUUUACUUUAACAUUACAACUCAUUUUAUUUAUCUUUUUAUUUUCCAAGUUAUCAUUUUUAGCACAUAACGAGUCAUGGGCAAAUAUUUUUGACAAAAGUUUUUUUUGAGCCUGUCUCUGUUUUAAACUUUUAGUUAUUAUUAUCAUUAUUAUUAUGAAGCCUUGAUUUUCUUGCCAUUACACGCUUUGACAGGGGUUAUGUGUAGCAUAUAAUUUUUGACAGUAACCUUACCUUACCUUUUUAUAUGCUUUUGUUAUGACGAACAUGUUUAAAACGUAUGAACAACUUAUUCAAUGCUGUUUAACAUGUCCUCUACACUUAUUAGGUCUAAAUUUAUAUUAUGAAUCAUUGUUAUUGAUGUAUAUGUUUGGGAAAGAUUUGUUAAUAUUAUUAACUCAGUAGAUUUGGUCCUUUUCAGAUUUUACAAGAUUUGUAUCUCUAUUAAGCUCGUUCAGCCAAAAAGAUGGUGAUGUCUGCUCUCCGUUAUCUGGUGAGCAUUUCGAGAAUAGCUUGUCAGGGAUUUUCACUGACUAAGUUGCUCUCAGCCAAUCAGAAGUAAGGAUUUUCUGUAGCCUGUAGCAUCUGUUCGUGAAAAGCCCCCCCCCCCCAAUCGUCCAUCAGCAAUUUCAGAAAGCUUUGCUUCUCUUUUUUUUUUUAAUUCUUGUCUGAUUUCUAUUAAGCUCCCAAUUCUGGUAUAAUGAGGAUGGUCUUUGAACCUGCCAUUGAUACAAUUUUGUUGUAUUAUUAAGUUAUGCAGAUUUAUCCAGAAUCGCACUCACAUGUCCAUGAUUUUGUUUUUAGGGGGGUGUUUGUUGGUACACAAAACCAUGCUCUCCUCCCUAAGGGGAUAUUGUAGGAUUACACUCGCCCCCCCCCCCCCCCUUGAUGGGAGCGAAAAAAAUUUCCCUUCCUGCAAAGUGAGAUAUAGUAUAUUUUUCAUUUCAUCGUCUUGGCAAGACAAGGUGUUUUUAUGUAAAAAGAAAAAUCCACAGUACUAUAUCUUUGUCCUUUAUGUUUAAUAUCUCUUUCUCUAUUUACCCAAUUUUGGUGGGCAAGAUUUUGGCCCAUACCGCCACCAAUUACCUGGAAUAAAAAUCUUACCAUUUUAAUCAACUUAUUCAAAUUUCUAUUUUCUCAAAUUACACACAACUCUUACAUGGCAAUUUGAAGUUCUGUUUGAAGCUUUAUUUAUGUUAACUGAUGCAACUUUAUUUAGAAUUAUAGAUGCUGUUAAUUCAUAUUUGACUUUUGAAUUAGACUGAUAACUGAUAGUAAACAUUACAUAACAUUGUGUUCUAUGUAAUAAUGGCUGAUGUACUCAUUACCUAAUACCCAGUUGCAUCACUGUUCAAAAAUCCAUAAACUGGUUAAGCUUAACACCACAUUACUGAUAUAAAUUCCUAAAUUAAUUUAUUGAGAAAUCAUGUUACAUGGUUCAUAUACUUCUUAGAACAAAAGGGCGGUAUUGAUUAAACAUCAUUUGAUAUUAGAGUGACAUGUCUGUUAUACACGCUGAUUUUAUCAGGAAUAUUCUUAUUUUGUGAGUGGUUUAUUGUGUUGUGCCAUUCUUAUCUUGUAAGAGGGAUUUGUGUGUUAUCAUGAACUAAACUGUUAAAACACAUUCAAAUGUACAAAAUGUAAAAUUGAAGAACACGUUUAAAUGAUUAAAUAGGUUGAUUGUCUUCUCAUAAUGUUAAAUACUGUAUAAAAGAUAAAUGUAUAUCAAUUCAACCCCCAAAAUAUUGAAAUAAUAAAUGUUUAACAUGUAUGAAAACUUAAA